AUGAUCUGCAACGCACGGUCAGCUGUCCUCCACGUUCGUUACCGACAACAUGGUGAUGUACGGGAUCUCGAGCAUGCCGUCGCUUGCAUACGUGAUACGGUCAAAUCACUGCCAUACUCUCAUAUUCCCAUCCACGCCACUGCCAUUCGUCAUCUUGCUGGAGGGUUGCGAUUUCUGUUCGAGGAACAGGGUAACGUGCAGGACCUGGAUGAUGCGAUCGCGCUUGCUCGCAGACUUGUGGCAGGCACGCCCGCUACCCAUGUCAAUUACAUGCAAUCUGUGACGACUCUGGCUGGAUGCCUAGGAAUCCGAUAUGACUUCGCCAGUCAAAUCGAACACUUGGACGAAUGCAUUAUCAUUCUACGCGAAGCUUGCAGCGCAGCUCCUGAUCCAAAGAAAGUGUCUUUGAGCAUUCUCAUGAAUCUCGGCAUCGCAUUGAGGUGUCGCUUCAUGCAUACUGGCAGGCUGUCGGAUCUCGACGAUGCACUAGACUUGUAUGUCGACAGGUUGAACGUCAUGCACAGAGAUAGCGCCGGUCGUGCCGAACUUCUUAGGGAACUUGGACUCAUCUACGGGAUGCGAUACGAGGAGACAAAAGACGAGGCAGAUUUGGAGAGAGCCAUUCGAUAUAGCAGGGACAGUUACGAAUUGCAUCCCCCAGGUUCAAGGCAUCCCGACCCAUCCAUGCCGGCCAAUGCAUUGUCCGGUCUGCUCAUCUUCCGAUACCGUCUCAAGAAACAUAUGGAGGAUCUUAUCGAAUCCGUGCACUAUGGGACGAUAUCGCUAGGCCUCCGACCGCGUGGACAUCCCUUCAGGGCUGAGGCUGCGGAGACGUUAGUGGAGGCCAAGCGAACUCUCGCGGUCGAGCGAAUGGACCCCGCACUACUCUCGGAAUCUAUAUCGCUGCUCGAGGAGACGUUGACCGAAUCAGAAAGAUCGGAUAGUCCCUUCGUGCGCGGUGCAUUGAUCAGCCAGAAAGCCGGCUGCCUCGCGGCGCGUUUUAAACUGUGUGGAUGUAGCGACGAUAUCGUUGCUUCCAGGGCUCUUUAUGAAAAGGCAACCACAGAUACACUUGCUCCCCCCGUAUAUCGCUUCAAGUACAGCAGAGAGUGGAUCAGGGCCGCUGCAGAUAGCGAUGAUCACGAAGGCUUGUCGACAGCGCAUGAGCGCGGCCUGGAUCUUCUAUCUCGCAUCGCUUACCUCGGACUUGACAACGCAUCACGCCUGCGCCUUCUGAGAACCAUACCGUUGUUAUCUUCCGACGCAGCCACUCACGCCCUCGGACUGGGUGAACCUGAACGAGCCAUCGAAAUGCUUGAACAAGGUCGAUCGAUCUUCUGGGGGCAAGCGCUCCAUCUUCGAACACCUCUCGCCGGUCUCCCGAAUGAUAUGCUUGAAAAGCUCCACAAUCUCUCACAGGCGCUUGAGCAGUCACCUUCGGGGGCAAUGGAUGAUAUGGCCAUUGCUGAGAGGCGCAGUGUCGCGGACGAGUAUGAAGCGCUUGUGGAAAAGGUGCGGUAUUUGCCAGGUCAAGAGCGAUUCCUCCGCACUCCCCUGUUCUCCGAUCUCCGCGAAUGCGCAGAAGGUGGAAUGGUCGUUGUUCUUGUCGCCAGCAAGGCAUCCUGCGAAGUGAUUAUUAUUCGCAACUCCUCCUCCCCAGCCGAGAGGUUGUCCUUACGCUCUCUCACGUAUGAUCACCUGAAAGAACUGGUUAAGGCUAUCGGCGCUUUGACAGGCAAUGACUCAACAUACGAGGACGAUACGACUCGGCUACAGCCGAGCGUAGAUCGCCUCAAGAUGAAGAAGACGAGGGUAUCUAGUGCAAACACUGACGACCUAGCGGCUUUCCUUGCGGAGCUGUGGUCUCAUAUCGUCCAACCCAUCAUUGAUUAUGUCGGUCUUAGCGAUUCGGAGCUUGAAGGCCGUCCACGCGUCUGGUGGUGCCCAACUGGACUGUUUACCUCCCUUCCCUUACAUGCCGCAGGCUCCCGAGGCGAAUACGCAUCAGAUUACUUCGUAUCAUCCUAUACCCCCACUUUAGGCACCUUGCUUGCGCUGCGAAAGCAAAAGCCCAUCAGCAUACCCCGGGACUUUACCGCACUGCUUGUUGCUCAAGCGUCGGCGGCAGACCUCCCGCCAUUCACGAGUGUGGAUGACGAGAUUAAUGGAGUAGUCGAGGCUUUGCCGGCCACGACAACUGUCAACGUAUUCGGGACGAAGUCGUCGGGGAAAUCCUCCGAUGUAGAGUCCGUACUGGCGUCAUUACCGAAGGUAUCCAUGAUCCAUCUAGCUUGCCACGCCCAACAGAAUUAUCGCAAUCCACUCUCCAGUGCCUUCUGCCUGGCGGAUGGAAGGCUCAGCGUAUCGGAUCUCAUGAAGGUGAAGAUGCGGGACGACACAUUUUUCGCUUUCUUGAGUUCCUGCCAAUCGGCGGCAGGAGAUCCAAAGCUGCCAGACGAGGCUAUUCAUCUCGCAGGAACCAUGCUUUACGUCGGCUUCAAGAGCGUCGUCGCGACCGCAUGGACCAUGAACGACGCGGACGGGCCGCGAGUGGCAGCCGAUGUUUACCGAACCAUGUUCAAGGAAACGGCCGUAUCCAAUCCCAUCGACUGCAGCUCAGUUGCCUUCGGGCUUGACAGUGCUGUUCGGAAAAUGCGCGCGCAAGGUCUUCAAGCCCGCCGAUGGGCGACGUAUGUCCACAUCGGGCUUUGA